AAAGACGGCAAAAUGGCAUCGCGAACGCUCGUAGCAGCUUGUCUGCUUUCCGUGGCGGCUGCGUACAGUCCCAGCGUCCACCUGGCGAACUCCGCUACUGAAAUGAUUGGGUAGCCGUCGUGUACAAGCUGGAGUAGUAGAGCGCCAGCCGGCGGGCUAUUUAGGGCCGCGAAGGCACAGCGAGCACACCAAUUGCCGCCACGCGACCGCGCGGCCACUGCUCAUGCAGCGAGAAGCGGUCGCGAGACUGAGGCUUCGCACGGCGAGACGUCCGCCGCGCCGCCGCCGACUCGGACGCUUCUUAACCGCUUCCUGGACACCACCCUAAACGCCCCUACCCCGCCGCGCAGGUUCGUCGCGCCGCAGGGCGCCGUCGCACGAAGCGCGCCGCUCCUCGCGGAGAAGGCCGCGUCCUCGGUGAGCGUCGCGCAGGUCGGCCAGGCCGCCGCCGCGACGACGCUGCUCGCCGCGCUGCCGGCGAACGCGUUCUCGGCGGCCUACCUGCCGGCGAUCCUCGUGCCCGUCAUGUGCCUGGUCAUGCCGGUCCUCGGCAUGGGCCUUUUCACCCUCCUCACGCAGAAGGAGGAGAUCUAG